CGACCUCAUGUGAGACACCUCCUGCGCGAGCCAGUCCGACGUUACCUCUGCAGAGGAAAACGCAAUGGAGCCCUGAACAUUUUUCAUUUCUAUCUACAUUGACCCCUGGAAAACAAUAUUCGUAUCCAAAUACUGCUUUAUCUGCAAUUUAUCUGAGGCGUAAAAGGGCGGUGCAACAAUGUGGAUCCAGGUUCGCACUAUAGACGGGAAGGAGACGCGAACCGUUGAGGAUCUUUCUAGACUGACCAAAAUUGAGUCUUUACGGUUGAAAAUACAGGACAUCUUCAGUGUAAGCCCACAACAGCAGCGCCUGUUCUACCGAGGAAAACAGAUGGAAGAUGGCCAGACACUGUUUGACUAUAACGUGGGACUCAAUGACAUCGUCCAGCUGCUGAUUCGCUCACAGACCGACCCUCCCGACAGCCACGCCACCAAGGACUCCUCUGGUGUGGCCUCGCUACCAGUAACUCAUCCAGUACCAAAAAUGGGUUCAAGUCCUCCAGUCGCACGGGACACCCAACCCCCCACAUCCAGCAGAAACACACUAGUCAACCCAGGAAUUGGUGUGUACAAGAUUAACGAGCUGGUGGACUGCAGAGACGUCAGCAUCGGUGCCUGGUUUGAGGCCUGCCUCGAAAAUGUGACACGCGCUCCCAAAGGACAGAUAACGCCCACCAAGGGCAAGGUGGGCCGGCCCCCAAAAAGGACUAAUGGAAAGCUGGAGGCCGAGCAGGGACAGGCCUACGGCCAGGGCCAAACCACAGACAGUAACAGGAAUAAUGUUGUGUUAGGCUCUGAGAGUAAUGGAGCCUCCACCUCUCAGACAGACUCUACAGCAGCUACAGAGACCAAGGAGAGAGAAGAGGAUGUCAUUUACCACAUUAAAUAUGACGAUUACCCAGAGAACGGUGUGGUUGAGAUGCGACCGGUGGAUGUGCGGCCCCGUGCCAGGACCCUGCUGCGGUGGGACCAGCUCCAGGUGGGCAUGCAUGUGAUGGUCAACUACAAUAUGGAGACACCAGAUGAGAGGGGCUUCUGGUUUGACGCUGAGGUUCAGACCCUCAACCAAGCCUCCCGCACCAACAAGGAGCUCCGAGUCAAGAUCCUCCUGGGGGGUCCUGGAGAUAUAAUCGGGGAUUGUAAAGUUCAUUUUCUGGAUGAAAUCUACCAGGUGGAAAAACCAGGAGCUCGUGCACUCUCAGCUUCAGAUGGACAAUUUAAACGGAAGAGCGGGCCGGAGUGCAAGCACUGCAAGGCUGACCCCGAAGCAGAGUGUCGCUUCUGCUCCUGCUGUGUGUGUGGCGGCAAGCAGGAUGCUCACAUGCAGCUGCUGUGUGACGAGUGUAACAUGGCGUUCCACAUCUACUGCCUCAACCCGCCGCUGGCCACCAUCCCGGAUGACGAGGACUGGUACUGUCCCACCUGUAAGAACGACACCAGUGAGGUUGUUAAGGCCGGAGAGAAACUCAAAACCAGCAAGAAGAAAGCCAAGAUGCCUUCGGCAACAACUGAGAGUCAAAGGGACUGGGGAAAGGGUAUGGCCUGUGUCGGGCGUACCAAGGAGUGCACAAUUGUUCCUUCGAACCACUAUGGACCCAUACCCGGUAUUCCUGUUGGAGCCACCUGGAAAUUCCGAGUUCAGGUGAGUGAGGCAGGUGUUCACAGGCCGCAUGUUGGUGGUAUCCACGGGCGCAGUAACGAUGGCUCCUAUUCGCUGGUGUUGGCUGGGGGCUUUGAGGAUGAAGUGGACCGGGGAGAUGAGUUCACCUACACAGGCAGUGGGGGUCGUGACCUCUCAGGAAACAAACGGAUCGGAGAGCACUCUUUUGACCAGACCCUGACACACAUGAACAGGGCUUUGGCCUUAAACUGUGAUGCACCUCUGAAUGACAAAGACGGGGCAGAGUCUAGGAACUGGCGGGCAGGAAAGCCAGUGAGAGUGGUGCGCAGUUCCAAAGGUCGACGCAUCAGCAAAUAUGCUCCUGAGGAGGGAAAUCGCUACGAUGGUAUUUACAAGGUGGUAAAGUACUGGCCAGAGAUUGGGAAGUGUGGUUACCUGGUGUGGCGGUACCUCCUGAGACGGGACGAUUUGGAACCAGCGCCAUGGACACCUGAAGGACUGGAGAGGAUCGAAAAACUGGGCCUUGCUGUUCAGUACCCACCCGGCUACUUAGCGGCCAUGGCUAACAAAACAAAGAAGGAGGCCUGCGCCCGACCUGGUCGCGGGGGCCGGACUAAACACUAUCCCGGGAGAGGGAGGCCACGGAGACGCAAGAUCAAGGAGAAAGAAUUGAAUUACGAGGAAGAAGAAGACGAACAGCCAAUGGCCAGUGUGUAUGAGGAGGAGCCACAGAGUAAUGGAGAGCAGAAGACAACCAGCGAUAACGAGACUCCACCAGCGGCAGAGCCUCCCUCUAAAAGGGUGAAGAUAGAGGAGACUUUCCAACUAUCACAACAGCAGCAGCAGUUAAUCCGGGAGGACACAGCCAACAAGAAACUCUGGGAUGAAGCCAUGGGACACCUUAAAGAGGGACCGAAUUUCCUGCGGAAGAUGGAACAGAUCUUCAUGUGUGUGUGCUGCCAGGAGCUGGCCUACCAACCCAUCACCACCGUCUGCUCACACAAUGUUUGCAAGACUUGUCUACAGCGGUCGUUCCGAGCGGAUGUGUACACCUGCCCUGCCUGCCGUCACGACUUGGGCAAAGACUACAUCAUGACCCAAAACGUGACGCUUCAGGUGCUGCUUGACCAGUUCUAUCCGGGCUACAGCAAAGGCCGAUGAGAUCGAAAUCACAUUUAUAAGUAGAACCCGUACAUACACGCACAUGCGCAUCCAUUCUGUGCACCCAUGUAUACCGUCAAGUACCUAGAGCUCCACUUUAAAAUGCAUUGCGCACACAUACUGUACUUACCCACGGGCAAAUGUUUAUUGCAUAUACAGCCAUUUAUGUAUACAAUCAUUUACACACAAACAACCUCAGUAUACACUGACCUCAUCUGUUGAACCUGGACUUUCUCCAUUAACAUCACCAGCCUGAAAUUCAACCAAGGACAUUUUUUAACCUCCCGACCGCUACUCCCUACAAACGCACAAAAGGAGCCCCAAUUCACACCCACUAGCCACCUCAAGAUAUUAGCAAAUUUUUUUGUUUGCCCUUCCACUGUGUUUUUCACGCAUAAAUUGACAUUUCAUAUCAUGAAAUCAGCCAUUAGACUCCUGCCAACCUGUAUGCAUUUUGUGUACCAUGUAUGCAGUUUUACACCAAAAACACUCAGCUGAGCUGCUUCAUACAUGUGCAGUAUUUUAGUCAACUGGCAAAUAAAGGUGCUAGUUUAAUACGUUGAUUUAGGCACAGCAGGACAUAACACCCCCUGCACAACAUUCAGAAUGACCAAGUAUGUCGGGACUGAGUGUUGGCCUGUUAUAGCAAGGUAAAAUCAGGAAAGUCAAGAAUUAAUAUGUAUUUAUACUGAAAAGAAGCACACAACGUUUUAUGCCUUUGAAGCACUUUAUCAAUGAUAACGGUUAUUCAGGAGCACACGCUAGCAUUCUGCGAGCUGCUCAUGUCACUUGGAAUUAUGCCAUUGCCAUACCUUGAGCUAAUAAGAAUAGCAAAUGUGUCGCCAGAGGUACUUUCAGUGCAUCUGCAGAAAACAGAAAUUUGGCAGCUCUGUUGGGAAAUUUCUUGGUCCAACAAAACCGCAUCCUUAUAGUGAACGCAACAGUGAUCAACACGCACAACUCUCUCUGAUUUUAUGAGUAAAAAAUAAAUAAAUAAAAAAGGCAAUUACUUCAUUAACAUGCCAAAGACAUGAGGCUGUAGAGCAGGUCGGGGACAAAUAUCUACAAAAAUCUGCUUUGAAGAAUCUGGUGAAGUAUCGCGCCUAAAAAUAAAUUAUCAUCUUUCUUUAGCAACGCACUUUUUGUUAGCUAAAAACAUAUGUACAAGAUAAACAAAUGCGUACUACUAGAUCUCUCUCAUAAGUGUAGUUGAAUGCUCUUACAUUAUUGCAAUUAUGUAUUUAACAUUUAUGUUAAGACAUUUAUAAAGGAAGUUCUCACAUCUACAUAUUUUCACAUGUACUCUCAUUCAUGGUUCCACUUCUUCAGUCAGAUGACACCAACUAAACUGUUCUCGUACAUUAGAUAAGUAUGCUCUGUUUUUUCCCUUUUUAAUUUAUCUCGCUGAGAAAUGAUGUAAUGGAAAGUAAAAAUGUACAUGCAGCGCAACUGAAGUGCUUGAAAAGCGCGAGGUGCGCUGCUUGCAUGUUUUUUUCAAUGACGCCGAGAAGGGCACACUGUUUGUCCCUAGUGUUACCAAGCAACCACAAUCAAGCAAGACUUUACACAAAGAUGGUUAGCAUAUUUUGUGCUCAGCAGAUAUUCAUCUGUUAUUGUUCUCUCUGUUAUAUUUAGUAUAAUGUUAACUGGAGAGCUCUAGGUAUCCAGCAUGAUCUGCUUCUUUUUUAGAAAAGUGGUCUGAUGGAUGAUUGCACAGCCAGGAUGAUUUGAGCCAUUUGUUGUCACAUUACAUCCAGAAGAUACCAAACUUUAACACUGAAAAGCGGCAAAGACAGGAAACAGAAAUGUUUGAGAGUUACUGAUCGGGUCUGAUCUUAAAUACGUAAAUACAGAAACAGAUUUCUUGACAUAGACAAGAUGGUUUUUUGGUUCCAAAAAAAAAGAGAGAACUAGUCAUUUAUGUUGGAUAUGCUCGAUAACAUAGUGUUUAUAUGGUUUCACAUAUAAAAUUGACAUAUGACAAAAGUAUUAUCUUGGCCUGGAAUAGUGUUUUUUUAUGGUUUGUAAGAAGAUUUGUAUGGAUUCAAUGUGUAACCUAAAAACAAAAUGGCAACAUUAGGAACUCAUUUGUUUCACCAGGUCCAUGGCUGAAAAUACAAAUGAGCAGGAGUUGGCAGCUGUGACCUGAAUACAAACAAUAAGUUGCCCUGAAACACUACUUUUUAAGCUACUUUUAUAUGCUUACCUUUUCUUAAAUGCAGAGCCACAUGGAAUCUGAGGAUACAGAAUUCCACAGAAUUUUCUGCAGAUUUUUAACAAAUGAAAAAGAAAAAAAAAGAAACGCGUAUGAAUGUUAACAUGUCCACCCCAAACAGAAAAAAGGCCGCUAAAUUCCCCAGAUUUUCAUUCUGGAUCACCGCUGAAAACUGUAAAAAUAAAUAAAUAAUAAUCUGUUUGGGUCUGUUAUUAUCCGUGGAUUCAGCCUCACCAUUGAGAAAUGGCUCCUUCCAUAUAUUGGAAAUACACUUUACAUAAAUUACAAUAUAAGAAUUUCUCCACAACAAGGAAGACCAAGUCAGACAAUUAUGAUCUUACAGAAUAGGACUGUUUUCUUUCCUUUUUAUCCUUUAUUGCAUUUUUUUUCAAGAUCUUUGUUGUACAUAAUUUCUCAAAUAUUUUGAUAUUUGACUAUUGUUUAGCUGCUGCUCUAGUGCCACAGGUUACAGUAUGUAACAACUGGAUAGAUAAAGCUUAUUGUUACCAUGUGAUGAUGUACACUGCACCCACACAUGCUCAGUUAUCUUGACGUUUUAUCUGUUUGAUUUGAGACACCAUCACAUAUACGUAUUAUACAGCCCGAGUUAAUUUUUUCUUCUUGUUUUCUAUCUUGAGUGGCUGACACAGAUUUGCAUCUUCUCCAGUGCUCUUAUGGUACUUUAAAAUGUCCAGGGUUGGCAGGUCUGAUAGGAACUAAAACAAAACAUCCCACAAGAUCUGGACAGAG